AUGGGCUGGCUGUGGGGCUCAAGUACUAAGGACAUCCCUGGAGAUGUUCCGUCCACAAUUCCUGCGGAGCCGGCACAGCAGAAUGCACCACCGAAGACCUUGACCCCCGAUGAACAAGCCGACUUGGAAUUCAACCAAAUCCUGGCCGAUCUCAGAGCUGAAAAUGCGUCUCUUUCAAAAAGAACAGGGCUCACCCCCGAUGGCAAUGUAUUGCCGGAAUCCGAAACACCUUCAUCACCCAUCUCUCCCGAAUCUCUUUACCAAGAUACCAUGUCCUGCCGCAAUGCCUUCGACUACGCCUUCUUCUGCCAGUCUUUCGGGGGGCAAUUUGUGAAUGUUUAUCGAUAUGGAGAACUUCGAUCAUGCAGCGAUCAUUGGGAUAAUCUAUGGCUGUGCAUGAAGACACGCACUUGGCCCGAAGAUCUGCGCAAAAAGGCGAUCCGAGAUCACAACCGGAAGAAGUCGAUCAAGUACAAAACAGGCCCCAGCAGCGAGGAUGUCUGGGAUGUUCGACUGGAACCAGCCAAAGAGUCAUUCAAAGGGGACUUUGCUGCACUAUGGCGGGAAAUAAAGGCCGAAGAGGAAGCAGCGAAGCAACAACAGGUCUCAUGA